AUGUAUAGAACGAUACUGUCAGUGGUGAUUUUAGCAGUGAUUUCUGAAGAAUGCAGUACUCAGUACGCCUACCCAUACGGUAUUUAUGGAAGUUAUGGUCUUUUGGAUUCGUUUAGUUCAUUUGGGUUUCCAUAUGGUUACGCCGGCUAUGGACCUAGCAGUGCUUACGCUUAUGAUCCUUAUAUGGGCUACGGAAUGGGUAUGGGAUCAUUUGGAGGUUUAGCUGAUUAUCCCGGUCUUGGACACAUGGGCGGAAUGAAUGGAAUAGGAAGUCUUGGCGGUAUCAGCAACCCAUCACGCAUGAUUAAUAAUGGCAAUACUUAUGGCGGUUUCGGAAUGUUCAGCAAAUCAUCAUCAGCAAACAAACGUUUUAACGGCGUCGUAGCUCUGAACAGAAAAAGCCGUGAGCAAGUUAUUGUGAAAGUUUUGAAUGGUGAUGAUUUUGUUGACGAUGGUACCAGAAAAGAAUUUUAA